GAGAUUUGUACUAAAUAUUUAUGUUAUUUUUUACAUAUGUCAUAAUGUCAUCAACAUCAACAUGUAAUGAAAUGCUUCAAAAUGUGAAAAACUCGUGUGUGCGUGCUGUGGCUUGCUGACCGUCGCCUCGCACUGAGCCUGCGCAGUACGUGCUGACUAUUUUUCCUGGUCUAUACUGUCACAUGAGAGGAAAGUCUGGUUCCGGAUGACCAGAUCCAUCCCUGCUUAAAAUUACCAAAUGGCAGUAUUAUCAAGCUGACAUGACAGGCUGAGCUUGUACAGUAGGAACCAUGUCGGUCCAAGCUCCUCGCAUGUCAGUGUUCACUUUUCAGUCUGCAGUGCACAGUGCUCAUGUUCUCCAGUGUCUGAAUGAGCAGAGGCAGCGGGACGUCUUGUGCGAUGUGACAGUUUUGGUGGAGAACAGGAGCUUCAGGGCACACUGCUCCAUCUUGUCCUCCUGCAGUGAAUACUUUCACAGCAGGGUCACAAACAUCACCAGACAGAACCCCAUCAUCACUUUACCGGACGAGGUGACUGUGGAGGGGUUUGAACCUUUGCUUCAAUUUGCCUACACAUCAAAGCUGCUCUUCACCAAAGAAAAUAUUCACGCCAUUCACAGCACUGCUGAAUUUUUAGGAUUUCACAACUUGGAGUCAGCAUGCUUUGAUUUCCUCAUUCCAAAGUUUUCUGAAGGCAAAAGAACCUCACAGGAGGUCAGGCAUAGAGCCUGUUGUCAAAGUCGGGAUCCCAGCACAGAUUUUGGCUCCAGCGUAGAGAGCAGCCAACCAAAAUCAUUUGAGUCACACAGCCCAGUGCCUUCAGGAGGUGAUGAACAAACAUCACAGUGCCCUCAGAGUGCACAGGGUCAGACGAACAGCGGGAAAGAACCCUUUUGUUUGGAGAACUGUGGGCCACAAAUCGCCCCCUUAUCUCUUGAGUUAACAGCAAAUGGUGUGUGCCCCAUGUUGGCAUUGCCAUGCCCAGACUCAGACAAAGCAGAUCCCUCUCAGUUCUGCGAAAGAGACAUUUUAGAGAUAGGAGAUGUGUGUAAUCAAAGUGAGCUGAGUUUGGCAGACUGCGGCUUACCCUGUGUGUUGUCAACCCCGGGGGAUAUGAAUCCGUCAGAGCUCAUUCAGCCAACAAGCAGAGAUGUUAAACAGAAUGUUGAAACGCUUGGUGCUGAAACCAACUGUAACCCCGGUUCAUGUCCACUCAACACAUCAGAGGCAGAAGAUUGCAGUGAGUUAUUAGCGCAGAGUGACGGUGGCCUUGAACAACAAAUGUCAGACCCUACAUUGACUGUUCUAAGCCAUGAAGAAGGAUUUGUGGAAAGAAGCAGCGUGGAGAGGGAGGUGGCUGAACAUCUGGCAAAGGGGUUUUGGUCUGACCUAUGCCCAUCUCAGGCUCAACCACUCCCCUUGGACCCCAUGGACCAAAACAAUCUGGCAAAAGCAUCAGACUUUCAUUGGCUUAAACAGCUGGAUCUGAGCUCCAGUGUAGGAGACUGUCCCUUCCUCAGGGACUUAGGGACAGGUGAUGACCCAGCCCCACGCAAUGACAACCUUUCCCAAUCAGAGAAGAGCCCCUGCAUGUCCUCCUCCAUCAACUCAGGGGAUGAUUCAGACCUGGACACAGAUGGAGAUACUGAGGCCAACAACAAAAGAGCAGAAGAGAUUCAGCUCCCAUUCCCAGUUCAGCAGAUCUCAACACUGAGCAGGAGUGCCUUCCAGCAGCUCCUGAGACACCAUCAGCUGACUCAAGAUCAGCAGGAGUUUGUCCAUGAUGUCCGUCGGCGAAGCAAAAACCGUGUGGCUGCGCAGCGCUGCAGAAAGAGAAAACUAGACAGCAUAAAAGAGCUAGAAUGUGAAAUCAAAACAUUGAAAAGUAAGAAAGAGAAGCUUCUGCAGGAGCAAACUGAACUGGAGCAAAACCUGAAAGACGUGCGACAGAGUCUUUGUGGCUUACCUAAGAGUGUCAGCAUCGAGUCUGGCUCUGAUCAGGACCACCUGCAGCUUCUUGCCAAGCUCACCUCGCCAGACUCCCAAAUUACUAUCAAAAUGGUAAGUUGUUCCUCAGAGUCUGAUCCAAGUGGGCCGCCUGUAGAAACUGUUCAAAUUGCCACACCGCAGGCCAGCACACAGACAGAAGAGGCAGAAUCUUCUACCCCACAGAGUUGCCCUGUUUCUUCUUCUCUCCUCAGUGCUUGUUUGGAAAUCAAUAACAGUUUAUAAUUGGACUUCAGCUCCAAUGUCAUUUGUAAUCAUGGAGGACCAGAGGGCACAGAGUGUACUUUUGAUUAUGUACUGCAAUUCUCGUUAGGAAUAGAUAUGCUUUCCUUUUUACUUCACUGAACGAUUUUCUGCCUGAUAUUGGCAUCUCAAAUUGACAUAGAAAAAUGUCAAACUAUCUUACUGUAUUUCUGUGAUGCAUUUCACUGUAGUAAAACACAGAAUCCAGUACUCAUAAUUUCAAAGGUGCAGACAAUUUUCAGGUAAUUUCCAUAAGUUUCCAUUUGUGAACUAGGAGGUUGUUUCUUAAAAUUAAGCUUGUUUUUUCUCAGGGAAACUCAUAACCUGACUGUACUUUGAUGGCUAAGAUAAUUCCUGUGCACACACACCCCCCUCUCGCCUUCUAACACCUGCACACACUCAAAGAUAUGAAAAUAAUGUUUCUUUUUCUGAUUUCAGGUGAAUUAACCUAUCAUAAUAACCUUGUCAUGUACUGUAUUAUUCUACCAUAAUGCUAUUUCUUUGAUUAAAUAUGCACUUUUUACAGUUGAUUACAAUGAAUUGUUACAGCUAACACAACUCCUUAUCAGCAUUAUUUGAAUGCCAAUGCAUAGUUUAAUGAAUAACUGUCACUCUUCCCCAAUAUAUGAGGAAUGGUUUCAGUGUAUCUGUUACAGAGGAACGUAUGGUAUUAUGCAUAUUUGAUGGAAAACGUGCCUUAUGCAGUAGUAUAGUAUUAAUUCAGAAAGAUGAAGGCAAUCAUUUUAUAUUCUUGUCUUAAACACUGUUGCACAUUAAUCGAGAUUGAAUUGAACUAAUGGCAUUCUCUUAUGUUUAAGUCUGUCUGCACAUUGAGUAUUUUUAUUAAAUGCUUUUAUGGAUUACAGAUUUAAAUAAACAACAUUUUGUGUA